GUGUCAAAACAAGUCUCGAAUAAUUCUAUACAUAUAGAUAGAUAGAUAUAAAAGGAAUGUGUCAAACUGAUACGUGUCAAAACAAGUCUCGAAUAAUUCUAUAUAUAUAGAUAGACAGAUAGAUGUAAAAGGAAUGUGUACAUUCGCGGUGGUACGUGUCAAUUGAACAGAUUUUUGUCGGACGUUUACGACGCUAGGCGUUUAAAGACACACGUUUGUUCCUGCAUCUGGGAUGUGAUGGACAACUUGAGCACGAUUCCGCAGGAGAACAUCAUAGAUCAUCUCCUGGAGCGUUUCGAGCGAGGUCAGAUUUACACGUGGAUCGGUACCCUCCUCCUGGCGAUCAAUCCCGACGGCGAGAUCUCCACCGACAAUAUUUACGACUUGUCACGCGCCAACGAUCUGUACGACAACAUCUGCGAUGUAUUUCGUAAGGAAGUAGUACCUCAUAUCUUCGCUGUAGCAGCCAGAGCUCGGUAUAGAAUAGUCGAAGGUCUCGGGAAGCCUAGUCAGGUCAUCAUCCUGAAUGGUGAAACCGGGGCGGGAAAGACCUUCAAUGCGUGGAGGGCGUUGGAAUUUUUGACAACCAGAAACAUCUACGAGGACAAACGUCAAAGACAGGACAUAGCUUGCUGCGACAUUGUCCAGAGAAUCGCUGAUGCCUGUCGUUUGAUGUCUGCCUUCACUCUAGCGUCCACCGAGAGAAACGAGAUUAGUUCCAGACACGUGGAGCUCUUAUGGCUCGAGUACAAACUGGGCAGAGUUUGCGGCGCGAUGAUAUCCUCGUAUCUUCUGGAGAGGAACAGAGUCACGAUGAGUCAUUGCAAUUUUCAGAUUUUUAGCCAGAUGAUGACUGCGUUGACAGAUCUAGAAUUCGCGGAUACCGGAUUAUCAGGGAACACGCGAUACUUGAUGACGAGCGAUCUGGAUCCCUCGAAGAAACAGCAGCUUCGCGAUGGCCUUCGAGAUACUCUAAGGGCGAUGGAUACGCUGGGCUUCACGCAGAAUCAGAAGAAGAAUAUUUUUCAAGUUCUCUCCUUGCUCAUUCAUAUGAGCGACAUACGCUUUACGCAGGAGGACGAUCAUUGCAGGAUCAACACCGAUGAUCAACAAUCCAAGGAAGCUUUGGAGAACACGUGUAAGCUAGCUCGUCUGCAGAAGGAGGAUGUCGUCGAGUUGCUCACGUCCACCCUGAUCAAUCCGCAAAGUUCUUGGCGACGUCACACCGCUUAUCGACGUAAUCUCAACACGGAGGAGGCCUGCCGGUCCAGAUUGCACAGCAUCAUCCGUCACUUGUAUGAUCUUCUCUUCCACUGGCUGAUCAACUCCAUCAACGGGAUCCUGUCUGCUCGUCUGUUCAGUGAACGACUAGGGAUAUUGGACAUCUUCGGAAUCGAGUGCUUCGAUACGAACGGGAUGGAGCAGCUCUGCAUUAAUUAUGUCAACGAGAGAUUGCAGCAGUAUUUUAUCGAAAAUCUGGAAUUUCAUCGGAAGAAUCUGCAGGAGGAGGGUCUCAUUGAAGACACGGAACCACCGGAUAUCGUGCAAUUGUACGAGGAUCGCUUGAACACGAUUGAGAAACGUUUGUUCGCUACUCUCAACGACGUAUGUUUAUCGACAGUCCCGAGCGAUUCGUCCACCUUAACACGACAAGUUUCUGCCAACGGUUGUCCCGAGACGAGACGAUUCUUGAAGGUGAAGAAGCACAAUUUUGUUAUACAGCAUUUUGCUGGUGCCGUAGAGUAUUCCAUCAACGAUCUGCUUUCCAAGAAUAUCGACAAGAUCCCGGACGAGAUAACUGUGACGUUUGGCGUGAGCAAGAACACGUUUUUGUAUUGCUUACUUAACAAGAGUAAGUUAUCUAAGGAAAAUGGAAAAGCCAAAAAACCCACGAUGCUCUCCAAGUUGCGAUCUAAUGUGGACUCGCUAAUACGAGAGCUAAAUAACUGCGACUCGCAUUAUGUUCGCUGUAUUAAACUACGGCGACUCAAUAAUCGCGAAUGGGACCAAAAUGAGCUUCGCAAACAGCUGAUUAAUACGGGUAUCCUCGAUAUUCUGCCUCUGACUAGGUGCAAAUAUCCGUUUCACUUCACUUACAAGGAGUUUUGCAAACGCUAUUGCUUUAAACAAACUUCCGACUUUCGUGUGGCUUGCAAGAAGCUGUUGGAGUGUCGUCCAAGGAUGGAUGGUGAAGAUUAUUCAGUACAUUAUGGGAAACAUUUCGUUUUCUUGAAAGAGCAUACGUUUUUACAGUUGGAAUCUGCUAGGAAGCAACUUUAUGUCAGAUGUGUUAGAAAGAUAGAAUAUUUCUGGCUAAGAUAUAGAAAUCGUCGGCAACGAGAUGUAAAAGGGAAGAUGGCUGAUGAUGAAAUGUUUAAUUUUCAAAAUGAGCAAGAACAUAAACCUUUUAUAUCCAUGGGAAUAUGCGUCCGCGCAGAGACGCAUCGACAACAAAAUGCAAGAGAAAAUACAUCCCGUGAUGAUCAAGCAGUCAAUAAUACUGAUAUUCAAAAUGAAUCGACUAAAAAGGAUCUGUUGAAAAAUAAAUACGACGUGCAAUUAAUAGAUUACUUUUCCAUUAUACAAGGAAAACCUCGAUUUAAACCACCAAACGCAUCGUACGAUAAACGUUCAUAUAUAAUCCGUUGGUUAGAAAAUGUGAGUAACGCGAUGAAUAUGAAAAAUAUUGGAUCUAUAGUACCGGGAAAUAUCUCAAUAAAUCACGAUCAAUUCGACAAUAUUCGAUCACAAGAUAUAAAAUACACGCGCAGCUUAAUUAACAGUAGGUUUCAAAGCAAACAUGAGAAUUCUGAAGAUCGUAAUAAAAAAGAAGAUGUACACGUUAUACGGCAUGAUACUAUUACAUUAUUCUACAAAAACGGGAUUUUGAGUCGGCGUCGUCCUGCGAGGCUACCAGUUAGAGUACAUACUCGUCUCACGUGCUUAACUAAUUCGCAUUACUUGGUACAUACGGAACUGCCACAGGGUCUACAGGAUUGUCUUUAAAAUAAUAUUUGUACAAUACGUGAUUUAUCAGGUCGUGCUAUAUAUAUAAUAAUUUAUAGAAAUAGAUUAGUAUAUAAAUUUAA